CUAGGUUAAAGUCCAUGUAGAUGAGUGUUGAUUCAUGGAGAUAAUUUAUGAGACAUUAAUCGCAACUACCUAUGAAGAACCAUUCAAGUCCAGCGCUUCCAGGAAACCCACAAAGUCCCAGGCAUAUGAUCUACCACAACUUAUCGACACCACGAAGCCAUUCCUUUGGGACUUUUCUCUUGGACCUGUGGAUGUCUACUCCUUUGGAACACGUCAACAGAGGAAGCUCUUUCCUCUUUACCAUCCUCCAAACCAAUUGGGGAAUUAUUUUCUCCCUCUUAGAGGAUCGCCUCACACAGGGCCUGGGCAUUACUUGUCAAAAGAUUAUGGCCUGGCAUACAAGCUGUCUCAGAUUCCAACCAGUACAAAAGGAUAUGCGAUCGGAGCCAGAACAGCCGAGAGGUUUAAACCACUCAAUAAGGAUGUGACCCCUUGCCCGGGCAAGUACCAGAAGGUAGAUACUUCAGAGGAAAAACACAAACAAAAUUUUGCUCCAUUUAAUGUCUUGAUACCUCGAUCUGGAAAUUUUUCAAAGGACACUUCUUAUCCUGGCCCUGGCUUUUAUAACCCAGAGAAGAAGCCACCCCCAAAAGUUGCUUGGCCAAUGAAAUUUGGGUCUCCAGACUGGGCUCAGGUUCCAUGUCUGCAGAAAAGAACCCUAAAAGCUGAGUUGUCCACAGACAGAGAGUUUCGAAAGUAUCGGAGCCGUGUUGCCUACUUCAGACUGUUCUAUAACUGAAAUGUGGUCAUUAUCUCCAUGCACUCCUCCUGACCACAGAAUCUUCAGAAUUGAAGAUAGAGUUGCUCUUCUCCUUCUGUAUUGCUGUGGCUCUCUCAUCUAUCAGCUUGGGGCCUAGGGAGGAGUAACAAUUUCAAAACUACCAUUUGCGAGUAUGAUAAAGACUAAUUCACAAUGCUGCAACUCCAUAUGUUGAUGUGUGAUCUGGGGGGUCCUCUUGGGUAUGUAGAUGGAUCCACAACUACCACAACAAUCCCACACUCCUGAAGAAAGUUAGGAAAACAUCUGUUUUUGGAUAAUCUAAGAAGUGAAAGCCCUCCAUUGUUGGCAUAUCGGAGAGUAACAUUCCUUGAAGAACGCAUCUCCCAGAAACCAUAAGGGCUGUUCACAACCUCAAGCCUACAGUAGCCAUUGUCCUGCAGAGACAAAGAACAUAAAGAUAUAACCAACUGCACUGUAGGCACCUUUUCCCACAGGAACUUAACUGCUUUACAUUUCAUGACUUCCAUGAAGAGUCUGAAUUUUUGCUCAGUGUUGACUUGGCCCCUAUUGAUCUCCCCAUAGCUAUUCAGUUGUGGGUUAGGACAUAUAAUGUCCAGGUGCCUGGGUCCACCUAAUCACAGUAUCCAGGAAGGCUCAGAGUGAAAAUAUGUGUAUUAGGAGACAUAAGCAGAGAGAACUGGCAAUGAAAGUCAUAGAGAGCUUGUUCUGUCCAUACCUACAAUUGACCACAAACAGGAAAGAUGUGAAACAGAUACUCUAGGAAACUGGGAGCCCAGAAAAGGGGCCCAAGUCCCGUUUCCUUCCUGUGAGCCCCCUGGAAGAUUUUCCCUUUUACCUUUCAGCAGAAGAUGCUUGAGAGCAUGGAAGACCUAAUCUGACUCCCAGACUCAACACUGACCAGCUCCUCUUGAUUCCUUGAGUCUUCUCCUUAAAUACAUCACAGCUCUUGGAUGUUGGUUGUAUUGGCAUGGCCAUAAAAAAUGAAGCUCAUUCUAGAACACGGUAUCUAAACUUUGGUAGGACAAUUAGAAAGGGGGGAUGGGAAAUGCAAUUUUAGAAGCAUUCUUUCACACUCAAGUUCACUGUUGUGUGCCUGUGUCCACAUACUACAGUGCAUGCCCAUUCACAGGUGUACACGUGCACACAGGACAUCUGACACUUACAGAAUUAAGAUUUCAUCUGGACAUAGAUUCCUGCAUGCAGAGAAAAGUAAACCACAGACAUCAGUACAAAGGGGAACCUAUGUGAAGACAAAAACAGUAAAGCCCAUAGGUGUAUUUUCAGGGAAGAAAGAAAUCAAAAUUUUAAAAAGGUAUUGCUCCCUGGCUCUAAUUCACAGUAGUCAAGUGACAGUAGCCACAUAAAUCUCCAGUUUGCUACUAUGAUCUGAAAUGUAUUUAGAAGCACCUUUUGCUUGUCAUCCCACCAUCGGUCUGCAGAAAGUUGGCACUGCUCCCUUCUCAUCUUGUCUUACACUGAGGCUCAUGUCUGAAACUAUGUCCCCACCCAGUCCUUCCCAUGAGGGGCUCAGGUAUCCUCCACCCUCUUCCUGGUCUGUUUUGUAAACUCAUUGCAUUCAGGCUUCUAUGUUGAAUGUAUAGAGAAGUCUGGCUUUUGAUUACCAACAUUGCCUUUCUGAACCUUCUGACCUGCUGCUGUCUACAAAACAUGUACUGCUGGGAACAGCUAAUAGUGAUCCUGCUACCCACAGUUCCACAUGGAAGUAUACAUUAGUGGCCUGGUUACAGAUGUAACAUGUGAGGAGAGCACUAGGAUAAAGAGAAUUGAGUGCCUCUGCUAAAGAUGUGGGCCACACUUACCCCUGUUCCCCCAUACAGCAGCUCUUCAUUCUGCCUUUUCCAGGAAGCUAGGUCAAACCUAUUACACAUGUGCCAUCUAACCCUUCCCUGCAUUUGUGAUUACUGGAAUAAUGUCCUCAGUCCUGGUCUGGUAAUCUUUCCACCUCGAACUAAAAGCUCUUGGGCGACUGAGGCUAUGUUUUAUCGUGUUCAAUUUGCCAUAUGGAAUCCAGAAGAGAGCACCAAAAACAGGGCAUAUAAUUAACUAAUUAAUGCAUUUUAACACCUACUAUGUGCAUAAUAUUCUUUCAGGAAUUAUGAAGAUUUCAAGAAUGAUUUAAGGAGAAGGUUUGUUCUUACUAUCUUUUUACUUGUAAAAACAAACAUCAAUAUACUUAUUUAUGUAACUGUGUUUGAUAUUCAGCAUGUUAUUCUUAAACUUCUCAGUUCAAGUAAAUCUUCCCACCCUAAGAGUGUUGAAACUGUAGUGCAUGCCAGUAUACUCAGCUAAAAGACACCUUAUUUAUUAUAUUUUGUUGAAUCAUUAACACUGAAAUAGUGGCUCACAUAACUAUAAUCUCAUACCUGGAAGAUCAAAGCUCACCUAGAUUUUUACAUCUUCAUGCUUUUUGUUCUUACUGUUUCUAAGGAACUUAUUGUAAUAGAGAUGACACAAUACAAUACAUUAAGCCAUAUGACCAAUACCGUAAAGCAAUAGUGGUUAAAGUCUGUAAUACAGUAUAUAAAAUCUCACAUGACUCAGUCUUUAAUUUCUUUUUUUUAUUUUGGAGAGAAUAAAAUCAAAUGAGAGAAAACAAAAUGGGGUCAGUCAAAACAAAAGGAUGGACAUAGUACAUGAAUUAAAACCAAAAUACAAGGUGAUCGACAAUG